AUCAACACUACGAGGAAACUAGGAGGUGGUUAGACAUUGUUAUAUCACCUCCAUAACACAACCUAUGAAGGGCAAAGAUCCGACACCCGAGGCCAUUCCUCAACCAAUUUAUGGUAAUCAGCAAGUUAUGGGUGUUGAGAUCGUCGAUAAUCGCCCGGAAGAUGAAACCAGAGCUGCUCCGGUCGAAGAUGUUGAAGAGGUGCUCAUUGAUGACAGAGAUCCGACUCGAAAGACGCAGAUUGGAACUAGAUUGAACCUAGAGGAACGAGCAGAGUUAAUAGCCUUUCUCCGAGCUAAUAAUGAUGUAUUCGCAUGGACUUCGGCCAAUAUGCCAGGAAUUCCGAAAUCAGCAUUCCAACACAAGCUUAGCACCAAUCCAUUGAAGAAACCAGUGGCCCAAAAGCGGCUCCUGGUGAAGAAGGAAAACGGUAAAUGGCGAAUGUGCAUUGAUUACACAAAUCUUAACCAAGCCUGCCCCAAGGAUUGCUAUCCGAUGCCGAGCAUUGACAAGUUAGUUGAAGCGGCUUCAAGCAAUGAGAGGUUAAGCCUCUUGGAUGCAUAUUCUGGGUAUCACCAGGUGCCGAUGGCUCUCGAAGACGAAGAGAAAACCUCGUUCUAUGCUGGCAAUGAAAUCUAUUGCUAUGUCAUGAUGCCGUUUGGCUUAAAGAACGCUGGUGCUACUUAUCAGAAAAUGGUGACCAUCGUCUUCCGAGCUCAGAUUGGCAAGAAUCUGGAAGUGUAUGUCGAUGACAUCGUAGUAAAGAGCCGGAAAGCAGAAGACCAUCUAGCUGAUCUCGACGAAACCUUCAACAACCUCAGAAAGAACAGGAUGCGGUUGAACCCAGCCAAAUGCAUCUUCGGAGUGGAGUUCGGAAAGUUUCUAGGUUUCAUGGUGUCUCAAAGAGGGAUUGAGGUCAAUCCAGAGAAGAUUAGAGCCAUUGUCGAUAUAGAACCACCGAAAUCAGUAAAAGAUAUACGGAGAUUGACUGGAAGAGUGGCAGCUCUUCAUCGAUUCAUAUCGAAGUCAGCAGAUAAGUGCCUGCCAUUCUUCAAGAUUAUAAGGUCGGCCGCCCAGAAGGAUGACUCAGGAAAACAGAAGAAAUUUGAAUGGAGUCAGGAGUGCCAAACUGCAUUUGACGAGUUGAAGUUUUAUCUUAGCUCGCCACCUCUACUGACUAAGGCCAUCGAUGGGGAAAUUCUUUAUUUGUAUCUGGGAAUUUCAGAUGAAGCCAUUAGUUCGGUUUUGGUAAGAGAAAAAACCAAGCAGCAGAAACCAAUCUACUAUAUCAGCAGUGUACUGCACGGGGCAGAGCUGAGGUAUCCCAUAGCUGAGAAAGCAGCAUUAGCAGUUGUCACUUUGGCCAGAAAUGGAACUGGGGAGUUCGAACUAACGUUUCAGCAGAGAUCGGCAAUCCAAGCUCAAGCACUAGCAGAUUUCAUUGUCGAAUGUGCACCAUGUCCUUCAACCUCUAAUCUAGAGCCCAACGACUGGACCUUAUAUGUUGACGGGGCAUCUAGCAGCAAAGGUUCAGGAGCGGGUGCUCUCUUGAUUGGCCCAGAGGGUUAUCGAAGCGAACAUGCUUUGAAAUUCAACUUUGAUGCGACAAAUAACAUGGCUGAAUAUGAAGCUUUGCUACUUGGCCUACAGCUAGCAUUAGAGUUAAAAAUCAGUGUAAUUCAAGUAUACAGUGACUCCCAAUUGGUAGUAAACCAAAUCAACUCAAUCUGCGAAGUUGUUGAUCCUGUGAUGGCAGAUUCACUCUCUAAGUUUGCCUCUGAUAGCUCUUUAAGUUCCAGAUCUGUUUUUGUCGAGGUCCUAGAUGAACCAAGCUUCAUGAAGCCUCGGGUAAUGGAGAUUAGCACAAACCCUGACGUGCCAAGCUGGACUGAUUCAAUCAUCUCCUUUUUGCGAGAUGGGAUAGCACUUGAGGAUAGGCAAGAGGCAAUGAAGUUGAGAAAGAAAGCAUCUCGAUAUACACUCGUUGAUGGGGUCCUAUAUAAGAGAUCUUUCUCACUUCCUCUUCUAUGGUGUUUGAAUCCCUAUGAAGCUGAAUAUGCACUUCGAGAGGUGCACGAAGAAAUGCCCGAAAUGUCAAUUCUUUGCACAUCUGACUCAUUAACCAGCAGAGGAGCUCACGAACUUGGUAGCACCAUGGCCAUUUGCUCAGUGGGGACUGGAUCUUUUAGGCCUGUUCAUGAAAGGGAUAUGGGAUCCCGAAUCAAAUUGUGGCCGAUAAUUGAACUCAAUUCAAUUGCUCCUCAUUCCGAGAUUUCUGUUCCAGUUAUGGGAUCAAGUUACAAUUCACCUCCGUUUAUCAUCCGGAGUCCAAUGCAUAAGGCUAACUGGGCAGACGAGCUCAACAAUGUCCUUUGGGCAUACAGAACCACAAGCCGAACUGCCACAGGUGAAACACCCUACCACUUGGCCUUUGGUACCGAAGCAGUCAUUCCUGUUGAAAUAGGAGUUCCAAGCUUCCGGGUCACCCAUUUUGAUGAAGGACGAAAUGGACAACUGCUUCGGGAAAACCUUGAUCUGCUUGUUGAAGUCAGAGAAGAAGCUCGGCUUCGAACUCUUGUAUACAAGCAGAAACUAGUCAACUUCUAUAAUAAACGGGUCCGCCCUCGAACAUUCAAAGUAGGAGACCUUGUUCUCAGAAAAGCUGGCCUAACAGGAUUUGAAACUCAUUUUGGCAAACUCGCCCCGAAUUGGGAGGGCCUUUAUGCCGUGGCCGAGGUGCCAUAUCCUGGUGCUUAUGUCUUCCAAGACGCUGAAGGAAAGAGAGUUCCUCGAGUCUGGAAUGUCAAUAACUUGAAGAAAUUUUACCCCUAAUAAAAUUCUUUCAAGUGAUCUAUGUCUUACUGUUCUUUACGCUUCUCACUUCGUGUUUGUUGAGAUUCAUUUUACUUCUUAUUCUAUGUACCCAAGGUCAAUUAGUUCUUUCAUUCCUUGAAACUUCACCUCUAAUUAAUAAAUGUCAUUUCAUUUA